CAAACUGAACCUGAAUCCAGCACUACGUGUCCUUUUUAUGGACUCGUACCCGCCAAAUGGAAGAGUAAAAGCGUCCCCCACAGAUUCCAAGAAACACCUAAGCAGCAUGUCUCUCUCACCUCUUUCUGUUAUAAAACCACCCAAUCUCCAUGAGCACCGCAAAACAAAACCGAAGGAAACGAAAACAAAGCAUAGAUUAUGGCAGAAUACCAUCAACAGCAAGGUGAAACCCACAAUGUAAGUGGCAGAUCAAUGGUCUGCACAUCACUGGCCGGUGUGGCAGUGACUGCACCGCUUCUGGGUAUGAUGGGGUUCAGCUUCAUGGCAACACUGGUAUUGCUAGUUAUCAGCUCGCCUCUGCUAUUCAUAUUCAGCCCUCUGCUGCUUUGUGUUGGCUUGGUCUUUGCGGGUGCCUUGGCUGGGUUCGCCGUUGCAGCGACCAUGGCUCUUGCGGGUGUCUCCACUCUAGCAUGGAUGUACAGAGAGAUCGGAGGCUCUGCGGGAGUUGGUUGUGGCAUGACAGGAAGAUUGGCGGAGUUUGGUGAUAGAGUAAAGGAGCAAGGGAAGGACUGGGCUGGGUAUUUGCAGCAGAAUUCACCUGAUGCUUAUAGCCAGUAGAGGUUGACAAGUGUAAUCAAAUCAUGUUCUCUGCUCUCUCCCCUUCCCCACAUGGGUUGUGUCCUGUGUGUUGUUUUUAUCUGUCUGUAACAUGGAAAUGAGCUGGUAUAUGUUGUAAACUCAUAGUUUCUUACUUUUAUCUGUACGAAUGUGCUUUGGAUUAAAAGUACAGCUACAAAUUUGUUUAGUAAACAACUUUGUUGAAGUUCA